AUGGAAAGUACGGAUAAACUUAAUUUAAUUAUUGAAUUCGGUGGUGGAGCAGAGCUUUUAUUUGGAAAUGUAAAAAAGCACGAAGUACAGUUAACGCAAGAAAAAUCAUCAAAAUGGACAAUUAGAAAACUUUUACCAUGGUUGGAAAAAAAUUUAUUAAAAGAAAGACCUGAAUUAUUUUUACAAGAAGAAACUGUUAGACCUGGUAUUUUAGUUUUAGUCAAUGAUGCAGAUUGGGAAUUAUUGGGUGAAUUAGAUUACGAACUUCAAAACAACGAUAACGUUUUAUUUAUAUCAACCCUUCACGGCGGAUGA